AUGUUGACCAACAUCGAGGUCCCGUUCCUGGUGCCCAAGUGGGCGCUCUUCCUGCUGGCGCAGCUGCUGGCGCUGAUGAAGCUUGCCUAUCCUCCGUCGAUGAGCGUCUACAACACCGAGAACCUGCUUGACGAGUACGACUACGUGAUCGUGGGAGGCGGGUCGGCGGGCUGCCUACUGGCGAACCGACUGACCGCCAAUCCCAGGGUAACCGUCCUGCUGCUGGAGGCCGGCGGCCUGGAGGAUGCCUCGACGGACGUGCCUCUCUUCGCGCUGCUCCACUUCAACGGUCGCCACGACUGGGCCUAUCAGACCGAGCCUCAGAAGCACAGCUGCCAGUCCAUGAAGGACAAGGGCAGUCCGUGGCCCAGGGGCAAAGUCCUGGGCGGUAGCAGCGUACUCAACUUUAUGAUGUACGUUCGCGGAAACAAGCGAGACUUCGACUCGUGGGCUCACGACUACGGCGCCCAGGGAUGGUCUUACGAAGAGGUGCUGCCCUACUUCAAGAGCGUCGAAACGUUUCACGUGGAUGCAUUCGCUGACAAUGGUUAUCACGGCCACACGGGCGAGCUACCAAUCAGUUAUCCCAACACUCAGACGAUUCUCAGCGAAGUGUUCCUCGAAGCAGGCAAAGAAUUGGGUUACAAUUACGUCGACUACAACGGUCCUACGCAAACGGGUUUUUCACGAAUUCAAGCAAAUGUGAUGGGCGGGCAACGCUACAGUUCCAGUAAAGCAUUCAUUAAACCUAUUGUGGAGAUACGGAAGAACUUGCACAUCUCUCUGCUUAGCCUGGCUACAAAGAUUCUGUUCAAGGGGAAGCACGCCUAUGGCGUCGAGUUUGAGAAAGGCGUCGACGAUCUCAAGGUACUGGCGAGGAAAGAAGUCAUCGUGUCGUGCGGCACCAUCGGCACGGCUCAGCUCUUGAUGCUCUCGGGCGUGGGGCCGGCCCGUCACCUGCAUGAGCUGAACAUUCCCGUGGUGGCGGACCUGCCGGUGGGAGAAGGCCUGCAGGACCACCUCUACGUCGGGGGAAUAGCCGCCACCAUGAGGAAGAACGCCGAGCUGAACCUGAACACCAUCUCCAUCGUCACCACUUACGCCUUCGGCGCCAAAGGGCCCCUGGCCGUGCCGGCGGGCAUCGAAGCCGUUGCUUUCGUGAGCACUCCGUACGUGAACGCCAGUCUGGACUUCCCGGACGUCGAGAUCGUGCUCAUGUCCAUCUCGCCCAGCAGCAGCGAGGGAGAGCGCUACCUUCUGGACAGCGGGCUCACGAAGGAGGUGUACGACGCGUACUACAAGCCUUAUCGCGGCAAGUUCGGCUUCCAGUUGGCGCCCGUCCUGAACAGGCCCAAGUCCAGGGGCUACGUCCGGCUGAAGACCACAGACCCGCACGACAAACCUCUCAUCAAUCCCAACUACCUCUCGCAUCCCGAGGACGUCAAGGUUGCAGCGCUCGGCGCCAAGAAGGCCGUGGAGAUCAUGCAGACUGCGGCGUUCGCGAGACUGGGCACGCGGCUGUGGCCCGGGGUGUUCCCGGCCUGUAAGGACGAGGGCGACGUGUGGAGCGAGCAGUACCUGCGCUGCAUGGCCAGGCAGUACACCUGCACCACCUGGCACCCCUGCUGCACGGCACCGAUGGGUGACGGCCCCCACGCCGUGGUCGACAGCAGGCUCAGGGUCAGAGGCGGGGUGACCGGACUGCGCGUCAUCGACGCGUCCGUGAUGCCCAGCGAGAUCACGGCCAACCUGAACGCGGCGGUGCACAUGAUCGCCGAGAAGGGAGCCGCCAUGAUCCGGGAGGAGUACAACCCGGAGCCCGCCGGCCUCUGGGGCUUGGUCGGCUGA